AUGUCGCAGUACAUUCCCCAGAUUUCCUCGCAAUCCCUCGAGGACAAAGUGGUCCUGAUUACCGGUACGUUCUCCUCUGACACCAUUCCCACCUGUCCACUUCGCGCUUUUGACUGUCUCCACUUCAAGACUUUUUUGCUCACUCUUUCGGCCACAGGAGGUGCCAAUGGCAUUGGCGCCAGUCUGGUGCAACAGUGCCUCGAAAAUGGUGCGAACGUCUGCUUUGGUGAUCUCGACAACAUCAGUGGAGAGCGCCUGCUGAGGAAAUCCGUCGAGGAAUUCAAAUCCGGGGAAGCCAAGUACCCAGCGAGGGCUGUUUUCCAGACCACCGAUGUAACCAACUAUCAAUCAGUGCUGGCCUUGUUUGAUCUGGCCUUCAACACCUACAAACGCAUUGAUCAUGUCGUUUCAGCAGCUGGGAUUUCAGAGAUUGGCAAUUGGUUCGACUUUGGACUGACCUUCCAGACAGUCCGCCAGACCCCGACGCACAAAGUCCUCGACGUAAACCUUCUCGGCUCGAUGUACGUCGCCCGCAUUGCCUCCGUCUACUUGCGACACAACCGCGGCCCUGGUACCGACCGCUCUAUUCUACUAUUUUCCUCUGUUUCUGGAUUCAAGGAGAGCCCAUCUUUAUUCAUUGAUCAGGCAUCCAAACAUGGUGUGAUUGGCCUCAUGCGCUCUCUACGCAGCUAUAUCUCAUCUCCGUAUAAGCAUUAUCUCCGGAUCAACACCAUCUGCCCCUGGAUGACUCAGACCGAAACGAUGAAACAGAUUGAACAGCAAUGGAAGCAAGCUAGUCUUCCCACCAACACGACUCGUGAAGUCUCCACUGUAGCCAACGGUAUCUUGGCCGACUCGUCUCUGAACGGUACGUCAAUGUUCGUCGAAGGUGGACGCGCCUGGGAGAUUGAAGGCAACAUUGAGCGACUGGAAGCCCAGUGGCUCGGCGAAGCUCCGUCCAAGUCCCUUGCCGCUGGACAGGAGCUACUGGAUGACGGUGCCAUUUGGACUGCUGCACCCCGCAAGAGGUGUAGCAUUUCGAAUGGAAUCCCCCCGGGCGUUCCUCUUGAGAAGCUCAAUGGCAUUCAACAGAACGGGGCCCAGAAGAACUCAAUGAACGGUGUGACGAAUGGUUAUACGAACGGAGCGACUAAAGUAACCAAUGGACUGGGUAAUGGAUUCCCCAAUGGGCUGACCAAUGGUAUCACGAACGGAGUACAUUGA